AUGGCACCUAGCAGAGACAGAUUUAGCCCAUUGCCUCACUCUUUACUAUCCACCAUUGUUUCCUUGAUACCAUUUAAGGAAGCGGUAAGAACCUCAAUCCUCUCUAAAAGUUGGAUAGACAUUUUUAGGUCUACAUCCAACAUAGUAUUUGAUGAAGUUUUUUUUGUGAAAGAUGGUCAAAAUUAUCGAAUUAGACAAGCCCAAAGAAAGCGUUUUCUAGAGUUUAUGACACUUUGGAUUGCUAAUCAUACAGGAACUGUCAUUGACAAGUUCUUCUUAAGAUUAUCAAUUCCUGAAAAGGCUAAGAGGAUUGUAAGAAAAUGCAUUGUUUUUGCUACAAAACACGGGGUGAAGGAGUUGGAGUUGGACUUUUGUGAUCCAACAUUGGAUUGUUAUUUUACUACUAAUAUUAAUGGUGUGGCCUUGUUUGAAUUGCCAACACAUGUUUAUGACCACACUUGUCUUGAAUCUUUGAAGUUGUUUUCAUGUAGCUUUGUUGCGGCUGAGUUUCUUAACUUUAAUGCCUUCAAAGAAAUUUCUUUGGGUUGGAUGGAAGUGAAGCUCACUGCUAUUAAGACAUUGCUGUCAAAUUGCGAGGCGCUUGAGUGUUUAAGUCUCAAGAGGUGUUGGAAUUCAGAUGACUUUGAUUUAGGGGAGGAGAACCUAAGGUUGAGAAAAUUGGUCGUGGACCGAUGCAUGUUUAGAACCAAUAGUCUUUAUUUUAUAGUCAAUGCUCCAAACUUAAGACAUUUCUACUAUUGCGGGAUGAAUAAUGACUCAUUGGUUAUGGAUGUAUGUUCUCUUGUGAUGGAAGAAGAAGUUCUUGAGUUCUGCGUUGAGUUUGAAGGACAUGCUCUUUUUCUCUACAAACUGGUAGAAGAUAUCUCUGGUGUUAGUGUUUUGACUGUGUGCAGUUACUUCCUUCAGGUUAUUCCCACUGGGGGGUGUUUUCUUCGAAUGCCGCGUAGCUUGAACGUGAGGAGUUUGAUAAUAGAGACCUCUUUGGAUCAAAAUGAGUUUUUAGGAAUCACGUUCUUACUUAAUAGGUGUCUCGAAUUAGAGCAUCUCACUAUCAAAUUGGUUCAUCCAAAGAAAUACUUGGACUAUGAGUUACCAGUCAACUUUGACCUUGAGAGGUUUUGGACUAGUCAUGCAAAGGCUUAUAGUUGUAUGGUAUAUACUCUUAGCGAGGUGGAGAUCAAGGGCUUUACAGGUUCAAUGAAUGAGAUUUGUGUGCUUACCUAUUUCAUCACUACAGGGAGAGUCUUAAGAAAUAUGAUUAUCAACAUAUUGAAGGAUGAUGUUGCAGAUCAAGAUGAGAGGUUGGAUUCUUACUACUAUGACAUGACAAAAAUAUUAAUGAUUCAAAGGGCCUCAAGAAAUCUAGAGAUUUCAAUUUGUUAA